CGACGGCAUAAAUACGACGCCCCGGGGGCGGCCGCCACACUCCGUCCCGGGCCGCCAUGAAGCCGCUGCCGCUCACGGCUUUGGUCGUCACUUUACUGGCGGCGGUGAGUGUAGCGGAAGAUGUGUCUUCAAUCGAUGUCAGCAAUAUGGUGAGCCUGACAACGGAGAAGCCCACCGGCCCGGAGAAAAUGCCUGGCGAGUGGGUGGAGCGCACCAUGUGGAAGAUGCGCUGGGUGCGCGAGUGGCGCCAGAAGAUGAUCUGGGUGCCGGUCUGGAAGAAGGUGUGGGGCCCGAUGCACAUCCGCGAGUGGGUGCCGAUGCCGCGCGCGCCGCCCCAGAUGGCCGUCUCCUGGAAGCAGCUGCACAACGUCAACGCCGAGGACGCGGGGGUCGGCGACAACGCCGUGUACGAGCAGCAGCCGCAGCCGCAGCAGCAGCUGCAGCAGCAGCAGCCGCAGCAGCAGCUGCAGCAGCUGCCGGCCAAGAGGUCGCUGCCCAGGCCCGUACUCGUCGCCAGGACCGGCAAGUGAGGGCCUUCUAUCUUUCCCCCACCUGCUGUCUCCUCGUCGGCAGUCUCUCGUAUCCUGCACUGGCCAACUGUUAGUGCUGGAAGAUUAGUUCCUCGUGGAAAGAAUUUGUCGGUAGUAUCGGCCACUGCCGGACUACUGCGUUGGUGUUCAGCUGAUUUGCAAAUGGACCUCGCAUGUACUGGUACAGCUGACUCGAAACUGAGAAAAGAAGUUUUAUUGUUGACUACGAAUCACGCUUUCCUUCGAUGGGGUGCUACAAGUUCAAGGUUACAGUUCGUUGGAAAGUAAAAUGUGUUGAGAAACAGCAUAUAGUUUAUUACUAACUGCUGUCACACUGUCCUAUGAGCAAGACAUUGACCAAGAAUUUACUUGUGGAAACAAUAUUUUCAAUAAUGCUCAUAAAGGCUCAAAGCACGUAUUGCCACUGUAAAUAUGAAUUGUAUUUUAUGAAUGAAAUAAAUUUGUAUGAAUUAA